AGUGUGGUUGGUUCUGACUGAGAGAUGCCAUUAAUUCGGUAUUAUCAGGUGGUGCUCUCUUGCUUAUAUCAUAGAUAGCUCCUAAAAAAAACCCACUCUUAUUCAAAGCCAGCCUAAAUAUAGAAAAUAAAUACCAAAAAAAAAAAAAAAAAUUUCAGCAGAUGAUUUUCUCUCCUGCUCAAACAUGGACUUCGAAACCCUAACGAUCAGAGCUCAACUCUCCAUGUACCGCCGCAGGGGACUGUUUCACCGAGUCAGAGUAUUUCAAAUUAUAGUGGUUCUGUUAUAUACCCUUUUUAGCUUAGCUACAUGUGGACCAAGCUCCAUGAAUGGGGUGCUCAAGUCGGUGGAUCAUGAUGCAUGUGAGUCAUAUAGAGAUGGAAAUGAUGUUGGGUUUUUGGAUAUUGGUGUUGGUGAUACUAGUUCCGGAUAUGGGAAUCCGGGGACCCACUUAAAUGCUGGGACUGUUUGUGCCAAUUCCCAAUCUUUUUGCUUCCCUUCAACAUUACCGGGUUUUUCUUCUAAAGAACAUGAACACAAAGCUGGUGAUGCUUCGAAAGAAUCUACUAAGGAUAGCGGGUGGGCGGGUAAUAAGAGCUGGUCAUCGGACCAUGGUGUGUUUAAGUUAUUGAAAGGAGGGAUUGUUUCUUGUUCUUUAAACUCCAGAGAGGGUGUUAAUGAGUUAUCAUCCAUUCAAGCUGAUAGUCCUAAUCAAAAUUAUAUUUCUUCCUGUAGAAGAUCUUUACUUAAUCAGAAGGGCACGAGAUUUAGGCCAGAAAAGAAAUCUGAGAUGACCACCAAAGCAGGUUCUUUUGAUGGUUCUUCCUCUCCCAAUGUAGAAAUUAACCCUAGUGUACUGGAUUGGGGACAAAAGCAUUUAUAUCUUCCUUCAUUAGCUUUCUUGACCGUGGCAAAUACGUGCAAUGACAGCAUUUUACAUGUCUAUGAACCAUUCAGUACGGACUUUCAGUUCUAUCCAUGCAAUUUUAGUGAGACUUUGCUAGGACCUGGUGAAGUAGCUUCAAUCUGUUUUGUGUACUUACCUAGAUGGUUGGGCUUGUCCUCUGCUCAUUUGAUUUUGCAGACAAGCUCUGGUGGUUUCUUAGUCCAAGCUAAGGGCUUUGCUAUUGAGUCACCUUAUGAAAUUCAGCCUAUAAUAGGCCUGGAUGUUUCUUCUGGUGGAGGGUGGAGCAAGAAUUUGUCUUUGUUCAAUCCCUUUGAUGAAACCCUUCAUGUGGAGGAAGUAACUGCGUGGAUUUCAGUUUCUCUAGGGCAUUCUUCCCAUUAUACUGAAGUGCUUUGUAGCAUGGAAAAUUCGCAGGGCUCUGAUGACCUUGGUUUGCCAAUUGAAAAGGAUCAGUUGGUUGUGAAAAGUGAUGAAGUUGGUUUGCCUCUUUUGGCAAUGAGGCCUCAUGGAAAGUGGGAGAUUGAUCCUCGUAGCACUGAGACAGUCUUAGAGAUAGACUUCUCGACCGAUUCUGAGGGGAGAAUUUUUGGUGGAUUUUGUAUGCAGUUGCUAAGGUCUUCACUAGACAAGUCUGAUACAAUUAUGGUUCCUCUUGAAGCUGAAUUAGAUCGGAAAGCUGCCUACACUGAUCUUUCAGUAUCUGUGUCAGCAUUUCUUCAGCCUCUAUUGUCAUGUGAUGCCAGUGAAACUACUGGUGUUGCUAUGUCUCUGAGAAAUGGUGCGUCUUACUUGUUGAAUUUUGUUGAGAUUAGUGAAGUUUCAGACACUAAACUUUUCCACAUCAAAUACGAGGCAGGCUUACUACUUUUCCCGGGAACCAUCACACAAGUUGCUUUGAUUACUUGUACUGACCUUCUUGUUGAAUUGCGUGAUUCUUCCCCUGAAAUCUCCAAUAUAUACGGGAACUGUAAAUUACUCAUACUGACAAAUGACUCAAGUAGUCCUCAGAUUGAAAUUCCUUGCCAGGACAUAACCCAUUUCUGUUUAAGACAUCAGUUGAAUUCUUCUGUUGGAUAUGAGUAUCAGUCUGAAAAGGCCGAAUCUGGAAAUACGAGGACAGGGUCCUUGGGCAGUGGGAUGCAUUCGCCAUCAGAUAUCAAGGCACUGGACGCAGCCGAAGCUGAUGAAUUGGUUCUAGGGAACUGGAAAUCUCAAGCUACUAUAAGUGGUAUGUCUGUUCUUGAUGAUCAAGAGAUAUUCUUCCCUAUGGUCCAGGUUGGAAGUCAUCACUCUAAGUGGAUCACUGCAAAAAAUCCCAGCCAGCAGCCAGUUGUAAUGCAGCUUAUCCUUAACUCAGGAGAGAUUAUUGAUGAAUGCAGGGGCCCAGAUGGUUUCACACAGCCACCAUCAGGUAGUUUGGUUCAUAAUGAGUUGACUUCUCCAGCAAAAUAUGGAUUCUCAAUGGCAGAGAGUGCGCUAACUGAGGCUUAUGUUCAUCCUUAUGGUAGAGCAUUGUUUGGGCCAAUUUUCUUCCAACCUUCAAAUCGAUGUGGGUGGAGCAGCUCAGCUCUGAUAAGGAAUAAUCUUUCAGGUGUGGAGUGGCUAUCUUUGAGGGGAUUUGGAGGGUCACUUUCCUUGGUCUUGCUGGAGGGGUCUCAGCCUGUUCAGAGUGUAGAGUUUAACCUCAACUUGUCAAUUCCUCUGAAUAUCUCCCCCCCAGACAUUUUAGUUCAGAUGGAAGAUACAAUUAAUGCCUGUUCACAGCCAUUCUCGAAAGAGCUUUAUGCCAAGAACACUGGAGACCUGCCGUUGGAGGUGAGAAAAAUUGAAGUUUCUGGAACAGAGUGUGGGAUGGAUGGAUUUAUGGUACAUACUUGUAAAGGUUUUUCUCUUGAACCUGGGGAAUCAACAAAGCUUCUGAUAUCAUACCAGUCUGAUUUAUCUGCAGCCAUGGUACAUAGAGAUCUUGAACUGGGCUUGGCUACUGGUAUUCUUGUGAUUCCCAUGAAGGCACGUCUUCCCCUGCACAUGCUCAAUAUCUGUAAUCAAUCAGUUUUCUGGAUGAGAGUGAAGAAAGCCUCUGUAGCAGUCCUCGUUGUUGUUUCCUUGAUGUUACUGGUGUUCUGUUGCCUAUUUUCCCAGGUGAUAAUAACCUAUGGUUCGCAGGAUUAUUUAUGCAAGAGCGAGAAGGGUUCCAUUGCUACUAAUUUAAGGAAGGCAGGGAAAACUGCUCGUGUGCAUUGUAACCAGAGAAAUGGUGACUUGUCUGUGUCCAAUGAGAUAGAUAGUCUGUUAACGUCUAUUGAGGAAGACAAAAACUCAUUGCAGGCAUCUGUUGGUAGAUUUCCGGUUGGCCAGGGUGGGAUCCCAGAACAGGGAAUGACUGCUCAACAUGUGAGACCAACUCUGGAAAAUGGUAAACAAACAAAUGAUUCCCUAGACACUCAAAAGGAAAGGACAUUUCCAACCUCUUUGCUGUCACAGUCUGUAGAAGUUGAGAAUUCUGAUAUGAUAGAAGAAUCCCAACAUGGUAAGCUUACAGUCAAAACUGGAAAAGAUAAGGGAAGAAGGCGAAAGAAGCGAAAGGGUGCUCUUUCCAAAUUAACAGGAUUAUUUGAAGUGUCUAGUAGUCAGAGUGGAAAUUCCACACCUUCAUCUCCCUUGUCUCCAGUCACAUCUGUAACACCUAAACGUACACGGCCGCUGUCUCCUGAUAUGGAACAAACUAGUGAGGCUAGGUAUCCAUGUAGUCAAGUAGCAGACCGACUGUGUCUGAAGAAUCGAGUUCCUAGAUCUGCUACUGAGGUAAACAUGUUGGAGCCCAAGGUUCCUGCAAAGCAAAGCAGUAACAACUUGUUCUUUUCUACUCAAGAGCAACCUUCAGCAUCCAGAAAACCUACUAGUAAGCCUGUACUGUUGCCUUCUGCUACUUUUCCUUGUCAUGGUAGGGCUGCCCCUGAUGUGUUAUACUCCUCCCCUUUUCUGGCUUCAACCUCUAAAAUUGCUCCACAUGCUCGAGCUCCUGGGUCCAAACUCUACAACCGGCAAACAGAGGAAAAGGCAAGGCUUGGGGAUAAAUAUACGUAUGAUAUCUGGGGUGAUCAUUUUUCUGGACUUCAUUUAAUGGGUCGGUCAAAGGAUGUUACUUUCAUGAUCUCCAGUCCUACUAAAAAUGACUCUGAAAGCUUCUUUGUAAGGGGUCCUCAAGCCCUUGUGACCAAGUCUCAAUCAAAAUCUGUAGGUUUUGAAAAAGAAGGUUAGAUAAAUUACUAAAUAAUCAUUAAAAUAUUUGCAGUUGCAAAUCUCCCUA